GUGAUUCUUCAUUGUUUGAUGACGUCACGUAGUGUAGUCGUGGACGCUGGUGCCUCCAGCACCUGUUGACUCUUAUCUUCUCUGUCUUUCAGUGAGUGUAUUACACACGGCUACACAUAAGUACAAUUAUCACAUUGUAAAUUACUUAGGAUAACCCAAAAAAGUCAGACAAGUGACUUAUUUCUACUUGGAUCCUUGACAACCUGUCAGCAUUACACUCAUUAGCAUUGACCAUGGCAUUAGAAGACUACAAAGAUAUGAUAGCAAUAGUUGCAACUACUGUUACAAUUAUCCAGUUUUUAAGUGGGAUUGACAUCUGUCGCAAGAUCAUCAAGCAAGGGUCGACAGGAAAUAUUUCAGGAUUUCCCUUUGUUGGAGGAGUAUUUUCCACAACCACAUGGCUUACAUACAGUAUACUGUUGAUGGAUGUAUCGAUGAGUGUGACUAAUGCAGUGGGCCUUCUCUUACAGGUGUGUUAUGUGUACAUCUACGUGAGGUACUGUGUUUCUCUGACGUCAUGGAUUGCUACAAGGAGACAAAUGUUACUCUUUUUUACAAUUAUCUGCAUUAUCCAGUCCUAUGUAUUCUUCUCAGGUGAAGCUCCUGAGUUGAUGAAGGUGCGUGUGGGCAUGAUGUGCUGCCUCGGGAGUAUCAUCUUCUGUGCGUCUCCUCUGAUAUCACUGAAGGACGUGUUCCAAACUCAAAGCACAGAGAUGCUACCAUUUCCCCUUAUCUUUGCAACUUUCUUGGUGACUGGACUUUGGUGGCUGUAUGGAAUUGUUAUUCAAAAUAGCUUUGUCCAAUAUCCAAAUAUGAUUUGCUGCGCUAUUGCAGGUUUUCAGCUUCUCCUCUUCAUUGUUUAUCCAAACAAGAAAAAAGGUGAGCUCAUGGGAGAAGCAAGAGUAAUGUAGAGUGCCGGUACAUUCAGAAAUCCUCCAGAAAUCAGACAAACUGCUUGGGAAAGAUGCUUUCAUAUAAAUAUUGAAUAAUAUUUACAGCCAUAUCAAGCAUGAUAAUCAGUUAUAGGCCAUACCAUAAAAGUAGUAGGAUUAAAGUACAAAUACUACGAUUAAAGAAAUAAUAUAGGUAUGUGCUUGUUCAUGAAACAGUUUGAAUUGAGAAUAUCAGACAUUUAUGCUCACUUGAUUGCUGUGCUAAUGUGUUUUAAGAUAUUGAACACUUCCAUCAUGGGAACAUUUUGAAUUAAUUAGCUGAACUUGCUGAACCAGCUAAACUAACAGUGAACUGUGAUAAACAUAGUCAAUCAUGAUGGAGGUGAGGGAGUGAAGAUUCUCUCUCUCUCUCUCUCUCUCUCUCUCAAUAACUAAAUAUUACUAUUUUAUUUUAUAAUGCUUACGUACGUACGUACAGUGUGUGUGUGUGUGUGUACAUGGUCCCGUGGAUUGAUCCUAGACCAGGCCCAUGACACAACGCUACAGACCAAUAACCCUAAUGCCCCACAUUAUCAGGGUCUUUGAAAGAUAAAGACCCAUGUGCAACAGUUGGGUAUCUUAAUUGUUGAAAUGUUUAGAGGCCUGGUCUCAGACCGGGCCUUGGGGGCGUUGAUCCCCGAAACCCUCUCCAGGUAGUCUAGUCAUUUGAAAUCUUUUUUCUACAGAACUGAAUUUUUAGUAAAGAAUAUACUGUAUGUAGACUUGUACAUAAAAAUUUGUUGGCAAGGUAUCUUGCAUUAAAAUAUUCACAUCCAGCUAUACAGUAUAAAGAUUAUGAUUAUUUUUACAAUUAAUGAUAUUUGUGCAUAUCAGUAAUAUUUAAUGAAUUUGAUUCAGGUACUUUUGCUACUUAAAGGAUAUGUUUAUUUUUAUGAUAAAGAUUUAUGCUCUCUAUUCUACAGUAUAUAUUUACAUGUAUAAAUACCAGGUAUGUUUUGCUAUAAAAAAAAAAA